AUUGAACAAAGGAAGGAGGGAAGGAUCGUGAAUGUCUCAUCAAGACGUCAUAAAUUAUCAUAUCCUGAAGGGAUUAGAUUUGAUAAAAUUAAUGAUGAAUCAGGGUAUAACAGUUUGUCUGCAUAUGGGCAGUCAAAGCUUGCCAAUGUUUUGCAUGCCAAUGAGCUUGCCAGACGGCUUAAGGAAGAGGGCACAGAAGUAACUGCAAACACAGUUAGCCCAGGACCAAUUGCCACCAGUCUAUUUCGUCAUCACAGUUUAAUAGAUGUGUUUGUUGGUCUACUUGGUAAAUAUGUGAUGAAAAAUAUCCAGCAGGUAAGCUUAUUGCGUAUUUGAAACACAAGA